GCGGUACCUUGCGCUGCCUGCCACUCUCGUUUUUGCUCGUUUGCUCCUCUGGUAUGCAAAUCCUCUCCCACUUCUCCAUUUCUCGGCAGCCAUUUUUUGAUCCACUCUGUUCCAUCCAUCCACGCCGCUGCCCCUCGCUCACAAGCGGCAUCCCUUUUCCAAUGCCGGCCUCGCCCGCUACCGCUCGCGCGCCACGGGUCGGCCCGCCCGCCAAGAGGAAGAAAAAGGGCCUGCCAAGUCGUCUCCGAGCCUCGCCGGUCCUUCCGGCCGCGGGCUGGUCCACCCUCCCGCCCGACCUCGUCCGCCGCGUCGCCGACUGCCUUCUCGCCACCAACGACCUCGACUGCUACAUGAACUUCCGCGCCGUCUGCUCCGGCUGGCGCGACGCCACCGACGACCCCAGGAGCGACCCCUCCGACCCCCGCUUCCGCCCGCGCCGCUGGGUCAUCCUCCUCGACGAGGGCUUCCAGCUCCAGAGCGACGGCGGCGUUGGUGGCGAGCUGCUGCUCCUGCUGAACGCCGCCACCGGGCGCUUCAUCCGCAAGAGGCUCCCGCUGCUCCGCCGCUACUACGUCGUGGCCACCACCCUCGGCGGCCUCUUCGUCCUGGCGAACAGGAACCCUCCCCACGCCGCCCGCGUCUUCAACCCGCUCACCGGCGUCCUAGUCCGGUUCGCGGCGCCCGUGCCCGCCGAGAAGGAGGUGUCCGCCUUCGUUAAAAGUGACAGCUCCGGCUUCUGGCCCCUGCUCGGCUUGCUCUGCGCCUCAUCUCGCAGGCCGUGCGUGGCUGGUCCCGACAAUGAAAGUUUCUUCUACGGUGGGUACAAGGCCAAGGAGUACCCUAACUACAAUUCCGCACGGAUGGCGGUCGCAGGUGGUCUCUACACCAACGACGCCACAACGGGAUUCAUUGCAGAAUCAGAAGGCUGGUUCCCCAAGAUCUGCGAUCUGAUUCAUGUCAAUCCUCAUAAAGAAGAUGUCUGGCGUUUCCUGGUUGAACUUGGUGGACAGGUGCUGAUCGUCGUCAGGCUGCGGGGGCGCGUCAAGGUUUUCAAGUACGACGACGCCGAGCCCGUGCCCGUCGAGAGCAUCGGCAGGCAUGCCAUCUUCGUCGGGCACCACAGGUGCCUCGCCGUGGACGCCGACAGGUUCCCGUCCGUCGAGGCAGACUGCGUCUACUACAUUGAUCGACGGGGUUUGUCAGCCCACAUCUGCGUGUACAGCCUCAGGGACGGGAAAGAGGAGAGGGUCUCUGCUGGGGCCGUCGAUUUCGUGAAGCCGCACAAGCUGUUCGUCCUCGUCGCCGACCGCCCUUUCACCGUCAUCCAGCUUCUCUGCAGCUACACCAUCAACGCCCGGGAUUCUCAGCUGCCUUUGAAAGAAGACGCUGGCAACGUUGACAAAAAAUGGUUUUAAUUUUCUCUCUAGUCUUCGUUCUGUUAAUUUUGGCUAAGAACUUCAGAAGAGGCUGACUCUAGGUUAAUUAGAUCACCUGUGGUGGAUGGAAGAAACUACUCCCUCUGAUUCAUAUUAAUUGUCGCUGCUUUAGUAUGGAUCGGAGUGACUACUAUUUUGUGGGCUUAAACUAGGACCUGAUAUGAACCCAAUGCUCCAUCUACUUUGCCGGAUGCUAUCUCUGUUGGUGUGCACUUGUUCUUCCAUUGUUCACUUCGCAGUGCGGUCUGGUGCUAGCAAA